AUGGGCUUUAAAAUCCCAUAAACUAUUGCCAAAGUUGAAAAAAGCCAUAUAAAGGAGUCCAUAGUUAAAUAUGCCAUAUUUAUCAUAAAAGGUUUAAAAAAACCAUAUACCAUGUAAAUUCUACUUUUUUUUUUUUUUAAGUUUUGGGACUUCACGUGUAUGUUGGGCCAUAAGAAAAGAAGGUUUUUGAUGGCCCAAUAGAGUAAAUGGGUAUUCUUCGGCUACAAGAAACUUUUGGAUGGACGGCAUUUGGGAAGUUUCCUCUCUUUCUAUAAAAUCAAUCUUCAUUCGUAUCUUCAUCCUCUUGAUUCCUCGUCUUAAAAUUCUUCACUCUUUUUCGAUUAAGAAUCAAGAAGGGAGCAAGUAAAUCAGGCUCGUCAACUCAGCAAGUUAAUCAAAAUCGAUCGAUCGAAGAAUAUGGGUAUAGAUGAUGAAGAGAUAACAUGGCUAUUCUGUAUAAGAAGAACACUGAUGCAAAUGCUUAGGGAUCGAAACUAUUUAGUUGAAGAUUGUGAAAUCAACAUGACUAAACAACAAUUCAUCGACGCCAAUCAUGCCCAAAAAAUGAGGAAAUAUCCUACCACCUUAUACUUCACUGCAGCAAAAAGGAAUGAUGACUCUGAUCAGAAGAUUUGUGUUUUUUUCUCCGCUGAAAAGGAUAGUAGUGGCGUGGACAAGAUGCUUAGGCCAUCUAUGAAAGCAAUCGUAGUUUUUAAAGAAAAAUUGCCUAAUAUUAAUAAAUUACGUAGACAGUGUGGCGCUGAAAUUUUCCAGGAAGAAGAAUUGUUAGUUAACGUAACAGAGCAUGCUCUUGUUCCUAAGCAUGAGGUUCUAACAGAGGAGGAGAAGAAGGCUUUGUUGGAGUUUUACAACAUUUCAGAUUCACAGCUUCCAUGGAUAAGAACUACUGAUCCAAUUGCAAGAUACUAUGGGUUAAGGCGUGGACAAGUUGUCAAGAUAACUCGGCAUAGUGAGCUUGAAGGCCAAUCUGUCAUCUACCGAUGUUGUAGCCACUCCUAAUUAAUAAUAUAUAGAUAUAUAUUUUGAGAAACACUCCUAAUUUUUUGUUUGGUUUUGGAUUUUCUCCAUUCAUUUUUAUUUUGUUGAACACUAUUCUAUAUGACUUAAAUAUUUUGUAUGGCUUCAACAACACAGUCAUGUCUUAUAUAUAUAGAAAGCUAAUUCAAUUCGUUUUUUGUAUCACUAUAUGAAGAUUUUAUUGAUUCCGAAGUAUGAUGUUUCGUAAUUAUAAUGCUA